AUGGCCCCCGUCGGAAAUGCUCCACUUCAGCUCGCUGUGCUCGGCGGCCGUCCAGCGUUCCCUCGUCAUGCGCCUGUGCCGUUAAUCCAUACCCAAGGCUAUCGUGCCACAGGAGACUUCACCGCAGUCGAUGCCAUCCUCGGCAACGAGCCUAAUGAGGAGUCCAAGGCGCGUGGCAGCCAGCAGCGCUUUGUUGCAAAGAUUCUUCCUGGGGUCGGAAGCUUUGGGAAAAGCUACCGGGUCGCUCUGCAAUGCCGUAUCCAAGAGUUCCUGAAAGUCGAUCCGGACAAGACCUCAGUCAUCUGCGUCAGCAGCGGCACGAACGCGCUUCGGGCCGUACUGACCGCUGUUAGCGCUAGCGGGCCCACUAGCCGCAAAGAAGUCAUUGUUCCCCAGACCACGGUUGGAGCGACAGUUGAAGCCGUUAUUGACGGAGGCUUUGAGCCAGUCUUCGUGGAGGUCGAUCCGGACUCAUGGCUCCUGUCGCCCGAGGUCACCGAACGCUUCCUCUCAGACAAGACCGCAGCAAUUGUCACCGUGGACUGGCUCGGCACUCAAUGCGAUCUCGGACCCUUCCGCAAACUGGCAGACAAGCAUGGCAUCACCUUGAUCUCUGACAAUGCUCAGAGCUUCGGCGCUACCAACGGCCAACCGCCUUCGAUCGGCCUCGCUCAUGCUACUAUUUACAGCUUAGGCUACCCGAAGGUCUUCACGGGGGCAGGAUCGGGCGGUCUUAUCGUGUGCCCGAAGUCUCUGGCCGACCUGCUGGAGCGCAACCCUACCGGGAUCCUGCGUCAUGAGGCCCUCGCCGAGGUCAACGCCUUCAUGUGUCUCCGAGCACUGGAUGUCCUCCCGGAGGCCCUUCAGGCUCGUAUAGAGGCUGGGCAAUUGUACCGGCAGCUUCUCGCUGGUGUUCCUGGUGUUACUUUCCAGCAAAUCCCUGCUGGGCUGGGAACAAAUCACUACCAGGUGAGUGCCACGAUCGAUGCCAAGAGCUUUGGACUCAGCGCGAGACGAAUCUGCAAUGCUCUCAAGGCCGAGAAUGUUCAUUGCAGUGCGGACAGAAUGCCAUGUGUCGCUGUCAAUGGGAAGUUUAGUCCUCACGGCAGAGUUGGAGGAGAUCUCAAGCACAGCCAAAUGCUGGCUACAACCUCGAUCACCCUCCCUAUCUCCAACAGUAUCAGCCUCGGCACAGUCAGGAUCAUCUGCGACUUGAUCAAACUUAUCCAGAGGUGUACAACAAACAUCCGUGAGAAAAGGGAGUCCGAUAGUGCUCGAGACCCUCCUAGCGAAUCUGCAGACGUGGUCGACCUCGAAUCGAAGUUCCGUCAGCACUUGACCAUACCAGUCCUGGACGAUGCCAGCGUACACUCGAAAUUUCUCGUUCCGCGCAACUAUUUACCCAUGCACGACAUUUCAGUCGACGAGUUCCUCGAGCGACUCAAGUCACAACAGCAAUGGAGCCGGGGUGAAUGUGUUUUCAAGGAACUUCGAGUGGAUGCGAUUAUCGGCGGGGCAGUCAUCCUCGCUCCGCACAGCGCCGGGCAGCCUUUGGACGCAAUUAAUCCCGUUGCUCUGGACGAGAGUGGAUCUUCAGUGAACGUCACGCUGGUGCCAGGAGUUGAUGGCUUAGUGACGGUUCGAAAGUCAGCUUCGGGGUACGGAAUUGACGGCAACGGUGCACCAUGGCUGAGGCGGCAGUCACUGUUCUUGAGGUCCAGUCGGGCUGUGAAGAAGACAAGAAUGUUCGUAGUACCUGAUACAGUCACGGACAACAAUGGCAAUGUUACCCUCGUGCUGCCAUACAUCCCAAGUCACUCUUUUGGAGAGAUGGUAUUUGCCAAUGUGGGUGCCGAGUCCAUCGUGAAGGCCGUGGUAAACAUGUUCUCCCGGAUGGCCACCUCGGUUUGGACCGAGGGCCAGGAAGAAUGUAGCCCCUACUUCAUUCAGAAGGCGCACUUUGCUCGGAUGAGAAGGCGGCUCAAGAUAGCUCGUCAGCAAGACAAGACGCUUGACCGAAUCCUGAAGCAGGAGACUGUCAUACUGAAUGGGAGGCGAUUGUCUGGGUUCGAAACGGUCAUGAAGAAGCUGGAGUGUCAUCCUAGGCUGGCCAAAAUUUCGCCCAAAAUCCUCGGCGAAAUCCACGGCGACCUUAAUAUCCACAAUGUACUCAGCCGACUAGACCCAGAGGAGGAUGAGCCACUGGCGCUUAUUGAUCCUCGCGGUGUUUCACUCCUUGGUUCCUCUGAUGACAAGACUUUCGAGCGUGGUGACUAUUGCUAUGACAUCUCAAAACUGCUAUUCUCCCUGACUGGCUUUUCGGAGAUCAGGAAGCGUUUUUUCGAUUACUCUGCUGACGAUGAUUCUCACAAACUCACAAUUCAGAACCACCCCGGUUCUGAUACCAUGAACGGUGCUGCCCACAUGCUCAUUCCAGCCCUAGCAGCCAACACAUUGAUGAAACAGUGGAUACACAAAGUCGAGCACGAUGGCGUUCGAUCCUUUGAGUUGAGGUUGAGGGUUGGUGAGGCGGCACACUUCGUUUCAGAUAGCGCUUGUGCUCUGGGUAGGGACACACCAUGGGAGAUCGUGCCUCUGUUUCUCAUGGGACUUGAGAAAUUGAACGACGUUAUCGACCUCUUGGAAGGAGAAGCUGAGCUUUGUAUCAAUAACACGGAGACGUCAUCUGACUUUGAGUGCGUACCUACAGGUGCAGAGUUUGGAAUAGCGAUGAUAAAUCAUGUUCUGUUUGAUUCGCAGGCAUCGAAUACAAAAUGGCCCUAUGAUGUGUUGGAACUCUCCGUCAAGAACGAAUCUGUCUCCACGCUCCAAAAACUUCUCUGCGAAAUGGUCGGAACUUAUUUGCCAAAGCGUACCGCGGUAUUCAUCUCGACCGACCCAGGCGAGUGCGUUAGUAACUUUCCAUGUGUGGUGAUCCAUCCAUCAAAUGGUGUGAGAGGACAGACCCACAUGCUUGCAGCGGCAACACGCAGGACUAUUGCAUUCUUCAGAGAUUGCAGAGUUCCUCAGUGGGCCAUCGAAAAUCUGAGGAUCGUCCACGUCUCCUCGACAGGAUCAUCAUCCCGUUCGCAACUCACCGCAAGAGACAACGACAAGCUUCUCUCCCCCGGGAUCUUCGGCAUCUCACCUCUGCAUUUGGCCCUGCUGCAGGCGAACCAGCUUCCCUUCCCGAAGCCUGGUCGAUGGGUUGUCGAGAAUGACUCAUUCUUCUUACUCAGUAAGCCUCUGGCCAUGGGAGGAAACGAACUGUGCCUUCUAGCCAUCGAGAGGCCGACAUCGAGCUCAAGUCUGUCCUGGCGAGUAUGCGUUGACAAUUCCGAGCAGAGGGACGGUCUGCUCCUCGCUAAGAGCUUCAGAGACAUCCGGGCGCAUGAAAAUGGAGAGAGGCUAAUGCGAACGACGUCCGGAACCUUCGUGCCGCACCGUCUAUCGGAAGUCAUCUCGCAGAGAGAAGACGACUACGCGAAACGGAUGAGUCCUUUCCUGAUUGACGUGGUGCUCCCGCACUUCAUGAAGCGGGACGAGUGGAUUCGACUCAGUCAUCAGCAAGGCUACGGCGUGGACUCGCACCGUGUGUGGAAUAACGCUCGAUCAUUUCGGAACGUCUCCCAGCUGGUCGAACUGGCGAACGGUGGAGACAAGAUGAGCUUUUAUCAUUAUGGCUCCGACUGCGAGUACCAAAAAUUAUUGUCGAACGUUCCUGAUGACCCUCGCCUCAAUAGUCUGGCUUACGCUGGUGCUGGAGUUCAAUGGCACCAACGUCAGGUCAAUCAACCCACGCACUCUUAA